GGGGAUGAAACACCAUCUACAAAUAAUGGUAGUGAUGAUGAAAAAACAGGACUGAAGGUAAGAAUUAAUAACCUGAGUUUGUUCACUAUUCUUCUAAUUCAAACUAACCUUAGGAGAGCUUAAAGAGGGACUUCUUUAUUGUGGAAAACUUGACAGAAAGGAGGACUUAUUCAAGAACUGAUUUUGCCAGUAGUUUCUACAUUACUUUGGUGAUGUCAAGGAGAUAAUUAGGUUUUGUAUAAGUGCUUUAUCCAUCACUACCUGUGGGUUGUUUUUUUUUCCCCACUUAACUGAAUCCCUUAUGAAGUCUUUAGUAUGAAACAGUGUUAAGAACUUGAAACUGUGAUUUCCUCACAGCUUUCAGGUAGAAAACAACAUUAACACACAUUUGAUUUGUACGUAUUUUUAAAUUCAAUUAUGUAUUAAAGUUUUCCCCAUUGUGAAACAUUCUCUUUAAGAAAUGUGAAGGUGUAGUUAAAACUAACAACUUGACAUGAAUCUGAGAAUACAGGCUUACGUGGGUAGGCUUCUGUGCAUUGGAAGGGCACUGACAUCUUCUCACUUUUAAAAGGAUAUUUCUGGACAGAGACCUUCAUCGCUUCGUUUUCUUUUUUUCAGUUACUUAGAGAAAAUCUUUCAUCCCAAUAUAUAUUUCACAAGUCUUUAGCAAAGUGACACUAAUAAGGUGGUCACUCAGAAUUCUUUCUUUCUAAUGUGUUAAAGGCUGAAUGUUUCCUGUAGUGUUUCAGGUUAGCGUGUUCUUGGUGGGAGAUGGAAAGACCUAUUCCACAGUUGCAAGAGACUACAGUCACAUCUAUGUCUUUAAAAUAACGUCUUUAAAGACGAUAAAAAUUGUGUGCCAUCUGGUGGACUGGGUAUUCCUCUUUUCCUUAGCAGCAGUUGGAACAGAGACUUUAUUGAACAUUUCUUGAUGCCUUUGCUUAUCUUUUACUUCCAAUUGCUUUCUUUGUUUUUCUUGCAUUGAUUUGAGUCCCACAUAAUUCAGUCUGGUAUAGUGGCUAUUUUCUUUUACAAAAGACUUCCAGUUAAUUUUGCUUCUUAAGUCUUGAGGUCUUUUGUUUAAUUACUUACAAUUUAUUGCAGUUGCAGAAUUUGUAUCUUCACCUCAUAGAUGGAUAGUCUGCAAAUAUUUGUAAUUUCUUCAAUAAUCAGCACGGUGUUCUGUAAAACUUGCUUAAAGACUGCAACCUGACACAAGACUGUAACCUCGUGCUCGUUUGUAGGUGCUGCAUAUGCCAGCAGCUAUAAGUACUUCAGAAUGCAGUAUGGUUUCCAUCUGUAGUGGUCCUUACCUUGAGAAUGCCUACCUGGUAAUGUAAGUGAUAUACAUCACAAAGUCACAGUGCCUCAUUUGAGAUCCCAGGGGACGUUCAUGGUCCACCAAAUUUUUCGUUCCAUGCUGUUAUUCCCAAACAAAGUUUGGAGAUGUAAAAUGCCAUAGUCUGCAACAACUCUCACUCCACAAGAGAGAGAUUUGUAUUGCUUGUCUAAGGACUGCCUUACAGUGGCUUUCCUGGUUUGUUAGUAUGAUAGGAUGCAUCUUGUUGAGUACAAUCAAAGCGUUAAAGGGACGUGUGUAUAAAGUCAUUUUCAUAAGAAUUACAAGUAUUUCAGAGAAGAAUAACUUUAAUCUAUUUCAGACUGACUCCUGAAACAUCCUACUCAACUUUUCUGUAUAUGUUUACUUCCAAAGUAGUUUAUAAAAGACUAGCUCCAGGUGUGCUCAACCUCUUGAUGGGGAAAGGAGAGCAUUAGUACUGCUGCUUUCCAAUAAUGAACAAUUGUACAGGAAAGUUGUGCUGUUCCCUGGCUUGGUGCUAAAUGUCACAGGCUUUUGCAGGUCUUAAAGAUAAGCUUCUUUCUGAAUUUGGUGCCAGGACUGAGCACAAUCCCUGAACCAAGCAGUUCACCUUGAGCCUUUCCAUUUCCCGACGUCUGAGCGUACGUACUGCUCCGUUAUUGGCUGUCACCUGUGUGAUUAAUGGAAACGUUAUGCCUUAGAUAAGCAGUCGGUGCUCAGUUUAAGUUCUGUCAGUAGGAAAAUUCCUAUGUAACCUUCCUUCUGCUUAAGGCUAGGAAGUCCUUUUAGCUGGCCUUACAGUCAGAAAUAGUCUCUAGUGUUUUUCUACAAGAAUAUAGACAUUACUCCAGAAUAUAGCUUUGUUCUUUAUCCUUUUUUUUUAGUCCUCAAAUAGCCCUUCAGUAGAGAAUUUUACUGUAUUAUUGAACCGUUUAUCUGUGUGAACAGAUAAAUGGAGUUUUCAAGGUUGUCAGAGAACUGACUGUUGAAAGUACUGUCGCAGUGAUAUCUAAGUGUUAAAGUGUGUGGAAACAAUCUAACUACAAAAUGAGACCUGAAGUUAGGCAUUUGGUAGGAGCAAACAGGGAUGAAGGGUUUUUCAAGGAAGAAGCAAUUGCUUUGAUAUAUGUAACAAGGUUGAAUUGCAGAUGUCAAAACCCAUUUGCUAUGAUGAGCCCACCAAGAGAAACAGAGAAUAAGCUUAGGUUUGUGUUUGAGCAGAAGUCUUUUUCUGGUGCUCUGUUUCUUUAGAAAAGCAGUUUGAGGAUCCUACAUUUGCUAAAUGCAGUCUGACGAUGGUGCUAGAAUCUAGGCUUGUGUUUGCAGAAUGCAGUGGGCUGUCAAAUUUGUAGAUUAAACCUAAGCCUUGCAUUGCAAGUCCUUUGCUAAGUUAGAGUUCUAGGUAAUGGUGCUGUGAGCUGAACUAAUGCACAGCAGAGUCCAGGAGCAUGUGAGUGAGGAGAAGGCAGUAACCAAUGCUUCUAAUAAAUGCUUUGUGGCACUGUAAAGGUACCUUUGAAGGAGGCUAUAUACUCUGGAAAAGUUAAGGUCAAAUUAGCUUACAGUGUUGUGAGAAAUAGAGAAACCAUCAACCAGGCUAAAUGGUUUCUGUCCUCCAUGUCAAGCAGACCUACAUGAACGUACGUAUUAGAUCCACACUGCUUAUUCAUUGCUGCCAUUAGCUCUGCUCCACUCUUCUGUGCUGCCUCUUAUUGGUUUGGGGACUGUAGCAGUGUUUCAAACAAGUUUACACCUCAUGUUUGCUCUUCCCACAAUGCGGUGAAUUGAUGGGAUUGUGCAAGAGGUGAAGUUGGCCUUUGUUCAUAUUUUAGGCCUUAUUUCUUGGACAAUUGGUUCGUUGCUGUUGAUUCUUGGGAUUAUGAGAACAACAGAAAUCCUUCAGUCCAAAAGUGUAUUUGAUGUUGCUUUCAGACUUUUUUUGGUGGGUAGCCUGGCUUGAGAAGGAAGGCUUUCUUGCAGACAUUUUUAAAAUUACUUUUAAAAUGAGGACUCUGAUUUUGAGCUUGAGUUCUUGGAAUGUUUACUAGGAAGAUUCUACUCUGCAGGCUGCUGCUCUUUGCUGAUGCUGUGAACUUCCCCUGUAUAUUUUUAUGCUAUGUGUUAGAACAGUUAAAUCUAGACUUUCCUCAAUUCAUAAAAUACAUGGAAGCAGGCAUUGGCUUUGCUUUUCUUUACGUGAAACUUAUAUGUGAAGUUGGAUCAAUGCAGUGCUUCAGAGCUGUGUUCUGCUGCUCAUAUAUAACAUUACAUCCUAUGUAAAUCUCCCCUGUCUUUUUCUUCCUUUUGUGCCUGUUUCCUGAUGCACUGUAAACAGCUCGAGCUUGUGCUUUACUUGUUCCUGCUAUUUUUAGGAACUAUUAUUUCCAAGAUAUGUUUGAUAGGGUAGUAUAUAGGUGUAAUUUAUUAAUACAGAUUGUUGUACCAAAUACAGUAGGUUGGUGUUUGGAGUUGUUUGAUUUGUACUCCCGAGCUUGAGAUAGAUGUCAGUUUGUGCCAGAAUUUUAAGUUCCAUAGUAUAUAGUUCUGUAAAAACAGAAGUUAUUUUAGUAUUUUAAAUAGGUAGACUUUAAUGGGGCAGGUAGUACAUUUUCAUUGAUCUGUCAUAUUUUGUUGCAAAACAUAUCAAUGGUGUACAGUAAAACAUAUCUUUGGCAUAUCUUCUUCCAUCAUCAUCUUUUGGAGGAAUGUCUGCAUAAACCUGAACAAUAAACUUGAUACUUAAAGGGAUUAUGCCUUUGACCACAUGCUUGUGCAAGAUUCUUUUAAUUGCUUCUGUGAUGAAUCAUCAAAAGAAUACUAAAGUUGGGAUGAAAAUUUCACACCACUUAGGCUGCUGCAUGCUUUCCUGUUGGCUUCAAGGAGUACAAGGUCAGGCUGAAGAUGAGGGUUAGGAAGUAAAUGUGACUUCUCCUCAGCAUGAUGUCAUAAUCCCGUUCCAGAUUCUUCUCUUCCUGUGAAACCUUAAGAUCUUACCCAUGAGCCACUUAGCAGAUUUAAUUAUAUUUGGUCCUUCCUGGUACCAUUUUGAGAAUUGAAACCAAUUGAGACCACUGUAGUGGGUACUUGUCCAAGUUUCCUCUGCCAUAAGCCAGCCUUUGUAGCUGAAGAUUAUAGGCUAGUUAAAAGUAAUCUCACUUUUUCUGGUACUGGGAAAUUCCUACUUUCAGCUCCCUUUGUUAGUUUGCUAAAGCAGGGUGGAUAGAAUCUGAUCUGAUUGUUGGGAAUGGAAGCGAACAGCAGCUGCAGAGGGAACUUGAAGACGUGCUGAUGGAUCCACCCAUGGAAGAUCAGUCAAGUGACCGAGACCAUGGCGAUGAAGUUAGGACUGAUGGUGAUGGGGAAGAACCUGUUGUCCUUGAAGCUUCAGCAUCUUCUACCAUUAACCCGGUGUCGGUGGCAGGACUCCAAAAACCAGAAAUGAGUUUGCCAGUGAAACCAUCCCAGGGAGAUUGCGGGGAUUUGAGCCCUUUUACACCUGUGACUGAUGAGGACAGUGUGGUAUUUAGCAAGCUCACCUACUUAGGCUGUGCCUCUGUGAAUGCUCCCCGGAGUGAAGUGGAAGCCCUCAGAAUGAUGUGCAUCCUACGAAGCCAGUGCCAGAUUUCUCUAGAUGUGACUCUGUCAGUGCCUAAUGUCUCUGAAGGAACAGUGAGACUUUUAGAUCCUCAGACGAACACAGAAAUAGCAAAUUAUCCAAUCUAUAAAAUCCUUUUCUGUGUACGAGGGCAUGAUGGGACCCCUGAAUGUGAUUGCUUUGCUUUCACUGAAAGCCACUACAAUGCAGAACUCUUCAGGAUUCACGUCUUCCGAUGCGAGAUUCAAGAGGCUGUGAGCCGAAUACUGUACAGCUUUGCCACUGCCUUUCGUCGUUCUGCCAAACAAACCCCGCUCUCAGCCAUUGCCACCCCACAGACUCCAGACAGUGAUAUUUUCACCUUCUCUGUGUCACUGGAAAUCAAAGAAGAUGAUGGGAAAGGUUAUUUCAGUGCAGUUCCCAAAGACAAGGACAGGCAGUGCUUUAAACUCCGCCAAGGAAUAGAUAAGAAGAUAGUGAUUUAUGUCCAACAGACAACUAAUAAGGAGCUUGCUAUUGAGAGAUGUUUUGGCCUCCUCCUGAGCCGUGGGAAAGAUGUUCGGAGUGGUGACAUGCACCUUUUAGAUUUGGAGUCGAUGGGUAAAAGUUCUGAUGGAAAAUCAUACGUGAUCACUGGUAGCUGGAAUCAAAAAUCUCCACACUUCCAAUUUGUAAAUGAAGAAACACCAAAAGAUAAAGUACUGUUCAUGACUACUGCUGUGGAUUUGGUGAUAACUGAGGUUCAGGAACCUGUUCGAUUCAUCUUGGAGACUAAAGUGAGAGUUUGUUCACCUAAUGAGAGGUUGUUCUGGCCCUUCAGCAAACGUAGCUCCACUGAAAAUUUUUUCCUGAAAUUAAAACAGAUAAAGCAAAAGGACAGAAAGAAUAACUCAGACACAUUAUAUGAAGUUGUGUGUCUAGAAAGUGAAUCAGAGAGGGAGAGAAGAAAAACCACAGCGAGCCCCUCUCUUCGCCUGCCCCAGUCAGGGUCACAGGGCUCAAUGAUUCCUUCCCCUCCAGAGGAUGAUGAAGAGGAAGACAAUGAUGAACCUCUCUUGAGUGGUUCUGGAGAUGUUUCCAAAGAGUGUGCAGAAAAAAUUCUGGAGACGUGGGGAGAGUUGCUGUCCAAAUGGCACCUCAAUUUGAGUGUGAGGCCAAAGACACUGUCAGCGCUGGUGAGGAGUGGUGUCCCUGAGGCCCUGAGAGGAGAGGUCUGGCAGCUGCUGGCAGGGUGUCACAACAACGAUCACCUGGUGGAGAAGUACCGAAUCCUCAUCACAAAGGAGUCUCCACAAGACAGUGCUAUCACCCGAGACAUCAAUCGAACGUUUCCUGCUCAUGAUUAUUUUAAAGAUACUGGAGGAGAUGGUCAGGACUCCUUGUAUAAAAUAUGCAAGGCCUAUUCUGUCUAUGAUGAAGAGAUUGGUUACUGUCAAGGCCAAUCGUUUCUUGCUGCUGUGCUGCUUCUACAUAUGCCUGAAGAGCAAGCUUUCAGUGUUCUGGUCAAAAUCAUGUUUGAUUAUGGACUCAGGGAACUUUUCAAACAAAAUUUUGAAGAUUUGCACUGCAAGUUCUAUCAGCUGGAGCGCCUCAUGCAGGAAUACAUUCCUGAUCUGUAUAACCACUUCCUGGACAUCAGCCUUGAAGCACACAUGUAUGCUUCCCAGUGGUUCCUUACAUUGUUCACGGCAAAAUUCCCUCUCUACAUGGUCUUCCAUAUUAUUGACUUACUCUUAUGUGAGGGAAUAAGUGUUAUCUUUAACGUUGCACUGGGAUUAUUAAAAACUACCAAGGAUGACUUGUUACUGACCGACUUCGAAGGGGCUUUAAAGUUCUUCCGUGUACAGCUGCCCAAGAGGUACCGCUCAGAGGAGAAUGCAAAAAAGCUGAUGGAGUUAGCCUGUAACAUGAAGAUUAGCCAGAAGAAGCUGAAGAAAUAUGAAAAGGAGUAUCAUACCAUGAGAGAGCAGCAAGCUCAGCAGGAGGAUCCAAUAGAAAGAUUCGAGCGUGAGAACCGGCGUCUACAAGAAGCAAACAUGAGGCUUGAGCAAGAAAAUGAUGACCUUGCACACGAACUGGUGACCAGCAAGAUUGCUCUGCGGAAAGAUUUAGACAAUGCAGAGGAAAAGGCAGAUGCUCUGAAUAAGGAACUGCUGAUGACCAAGCAGAAGUUGAUUGAUGCAGAAGAAGAAAAGAGGCGCCUGGAAGAAGAAUCAGCUCAGCUGAAGGAAAUGUGUCGUAGGGAACUAGAUAAAGCUGAGUCAGAGAUCAAAAAGAACAGCUCUAUAAUCGGUGACUACAAACAGAUUUGUUCCCAGCUGAGUGAGCGACUGGAAAAGCAACAAACAGCAAAUAAAGCUGAAAUUGAGAAAAUACGGCAAAAAGUGGAUGACUGUGAACACUGUCGGGAGUUCUUCAAUAAAGAAGGCCAUGUGAAGGUUGCAAGCUCAGCCAAGGAUGGUUCAGAUGAUGACACAGAUGAGGAGAAGGAAACACUGAAAAACCAGCUGAGGGAGAUGGAACUUGAGCUGGCCCAGACCAAACUGCAGCUUGUGGAAGCAGAAUGUAAAAUACAGGAUUUGGAACACCAUUUGGGUCUGGCAUUGAAUGAAGUACAAGCUGCAAAGAAAACAUGGUUCAACAGAACAAUAAGCUCUAUAAAAACAGUGACUGGAGUCCAAGGAAAAGAGACUUGUUGAAAUGCAGUUCUGUCAAACACACCUUCUUAACACAACACCUUUUGUUGCCUUCCUUGGCCAGAUCUUUAAUUCUGUGACAUGAGAGGACCAGAAUGUAAAUACAAUAGAAAUACAGCAUGUUGGGAUUUCAAUAGGUCAGUGAUAAAAAGGAUGGAAACACAAAAAUGGCUUUAUUGCUAGACAUGGGAUCUUCAUACUACUGAUAUGUAACAGGUGAUGUAGCUAGAUUGAAGCUCUUCAGAGAAACACUCCAUUCUGCGGUCUGGCUGGAGGCUUUUCACAGACUAGGUACGAGAACUUACCAAACCCUAAUUGUUAAGUUUACAUACGAUAGGUUUUUUUACAGUUAUAACCUUUUUUAAUAUUUUAUUUGAAAGGAAAAGUGUCACUAACAGAAUUAAAAAAAAAAAAAGAGGAAAAAAAAAAAGAGAAAAAAACAAAACAAGAAAAGAAGAAAAAAAGACAACUACCAAGAACUACAUCAGUGCCAGAAAGCAGUCCCCAGAGGUAGGAUAUAGAGAGCAGGAGGUAACGCGUUUCGUUUUUGAAUGGGGAUGAUUUCAGCAUUCCUGUCGGCGCAGCCCCACCUUGUUUUACUUAGAUGCAGCAUCCAUCUCUGUGUUUGGCAUUUCUUUCUGUUACUAAUCAAUUCUAUGCAACUCUGAGCUUUUUUAUUUUUAUUUGUUUUUGGCAUUUGCCAAACAAAUUCACAACCUGGGGUUCAGGGCCUUGUCUAAAUGCUAGACGAGAAUAAUCAGAAUUCCUGGCAAAGUUCCGUUUCACUUCUGUGUCAUAUUAUUUGAUCCACAUAUCAACAGCCUUGAAAUCCCCUGCACCAGGAUUGCUAACAGGAACUAAUUAUGUGGAUGGUCUGACAUUUAAUUGAGUCGUCUUGUUUGUUUUUUGUCAGUUUUUUUGUUUUGUUCUUUUGUUGUUUUUACCCGCCUGUAGCAGCAGGCCUUCUGUGAAGCUCUGAGAAAGCUUCCAGGAUUUAGUUUUGCACAUAGGUAUGAAUGGGACAAAGAAACAAUAAACUGAGAUAUAUAUGAGGCAAAAAUCACUGCGUGAGUGUAGCUGCGAGCAUCUAUAGCUGUCCAACUGGCUUCCCUGGUAACAUGUUCAGAGGUUGUGUAGGUCAUUUUCCAUGCUCCAUGCAGUUGCACUAAUAGGUGCUAAACGUGCUUGGAUUGCCUGUUCUUUGGAUUGUCUGAGUUCUCACCAGAAAGCUGUAGAAUGGAGUUUUGCACCUUGUAUUUUUUUUUUUUUAAUUUAUAAUGGUUUGUGUUAUGCUGAAGUAUCUAUUGCAUCAGUGGAUAAAUUUCGUGUGCAGUGUGAGUAUAAGCUGGUAACAAUAAGAGGCACUGGUUUGUAUAUAAAGAUAUUUGGUUUAUUUUGUAUUUCUACCUUUUUCUUGUUUACUGUACUAAUGCUAGCUAAUGUACUCUGUAACUACAGAAUAGAACAUGCUAUGUCCAAGCUUUUUUUCCUUAACUGCAUACAUUAUCUCUAUUGUUUAAUACCAAAAACAAAACAAAACUUGUAACUCCAUCAAUAUUAGAUGCGUGGACAUUGUGGUAGCAUAGUUGCAGUGUGUAUACUUUAUGAAUUGAAAUAUAAACAAGUAAAAUUGUAUAACUA